AUGGCCAAUCGACUUGGAGUACCGAAGAAACGUGCGAAUGUUCCAAUCACCGGCAUCAAUGCUCUGCGAUCCUUAGCUCGUGAGAAGAUCAACAUUAGUUUUCGAUCCCGUGUAUCUAGCUUUCAUGCGAACCUCGAUUGUUUAGUCACAACACAAGUCACUGGAACUAUCCCUACAUCGAAACUGGAUAUUGGCUCGUGGAAUAUCCCAACUGGUCUGAUACUAGCAGAUCCCCAGUUCCACACGCCUGCAAAGAUCGAUAUGCUAAUAGGAGCAGAAAUAUUCUUUGACAUCUUCAAACCAAGUCAGCUUCUUCUAGAGGAUGGCCUUCCUCAUUUGCGCGAUACCUACCUUGGAUGGAUCGUAUCUGGAGUUAUUCACGAACCGUACUCUCCAACAGUAAACCUCCAACACUCCAAUAUAGCUUCAAUUGAAGAAGUUGAAACCAUGAUGCAACAAUUCUGGAAAAUUGAAGAAGUGUCAGAUGUUCCCAAAUUUUCUGCCGACGAAUUGGCUUGCGAGGCGCAUUUCCUGUCCACGUAUAAGCGAGACCCAAACGGACGAUUCAUUGUAAAACUACCUCUAAAGAAGAAUGUUGACAAGAUGAAUGAUUGUCGAGCCCUGGCACUGAAGCGAUUCCUGAUGUUGGAAAAGAAGUUGGUGCGCAACCCUGAGUUACAGAUGCAGUAUAUUCAGUUCAUCCGAGAGUAUGAGACUCUUGGUCACUGUCACGAAAUUAACGAAGCCAAUGACCUGCCUAAUCAACGCAAUUUUUACAUGCCGCAUCAUGCUGUUCUGCGGCCCUCGAGUUCCAGCACAAAAUGUCGUGUAGUCUUCGAUGCCAGUGCGAAGCCCACUCCUGAUAGUUUAUCAUUAAUCGAUGUUCUCCACGUCGGGCCUGUAGUACAAAGCGAAUUAUUCUCCAUUGUACUAAGAUUCCGGAAACACCAAAUUGCAAUAUCGGCGGACAUAGCAAAAAUGUACCGCCAGGUAUCAAUGGCAGCUGAAGAUCAGAACUACCAACGAAUAUUCUGGAGAGAACAUCCGGCACAUCCGCUGCGAAUACUGGAAUUGAAAACCGUAACGUAUGGAACAGCUUCCGCCCCUUACCAGGCCACACGAUGUUUAGUGCAGCUGGCAGAAGAAGAAGGACGUGAUUUCCCCGUUGCCGCGCGCAUAGUAAAGGAGGAUAUAUAUGUGGAUGACAUACUCACUGGAGCUGAAAGUGUGACUGAUGCUAUCAAAGUUUAUCGUCAAUUAAGGCAGCUUCUUGGUCGAGGCGGUUUUCCCAUACAUAAGUGGUGUUCGAAUUCGAAAGAGCUACUGGAACACAUACCGCCGCAAGAGUGUGAGAAACAAAUACCAAUGGAUUAUUGUGAAGCAAACCAGGUAAUCAAAAUUUUGGGAUUGCUGUGGGAUUCCCACGAAGAUGCCCUUUAUAUCGCCAAUCAACCUAAGCAACCAACGAUACAACAACAAAUAAUUACAAAGAGGAUUAUCUAUGCUGAAGUGGCUAAGUUUUACGAUCCACUUGGUUUGUUCUCGCCGGUAAUAGUUCUGGCAAAAUUACUUGUGCAACAAAUUUGGAGAACUAAGGCAGGAUGGGACGAGUCAGUUGACACCGAACUGACCCAGAAGUGGAAUCUAUUACUGUGUUCGUUGUCACAACUCAACCGAAUAAAGGUUCCGAGAUGUGUGACUUUUAACAAUGCAAUUGCCUUCGAGUUACAUGGAUUUGCCGACGCCUCAACUGUAGCCUACGGAGCAUGUAUUUAUCUACGAAGCAUAUUCAACGACGGAACAGCCAAACUUCGAAUGUUAUGCAGCAAGUCCAAACUUGCUCCCUUACACGACCUUUCCAUACCCAGAAAAGAGCUUUGUGCAGCUCUAUUACUUACGCGACUUCUCCAGAAGGUGAUACCAGCCCUUGGAAUAACGUUCCAGGACAUAGUUUUAUGGAGUGAUAGCACGAUUGUUUUAGCAUGGAUAAAGAAACCUCUAAACCUACUUCAAUUGUUCGUACGGAAUCGUAUCGCCGUCAUCCAAGAACAUACGAGUGAGUACCGAUGGCAUUAUAUUCGUUCUCAGCAGAAUCCUGCCGACCUUACAUCACGUGGUCUGCUAUCAGAACUUCUGGAAGAAAACAUGCUUUGGUGGGACGGCCCCGAAUUCCUCACAAAGUCACAAUACAAAACAGAAAAUGUUGAAGAUGUUCCCAAUGAUAUGUUACCAGAAAUGAAAUCCGCUAUAGCUACAGCAGCCGUGAGUAGUCCUCAUUUCGCAUUUUUGUAUAAAUUCAGCAGCUUCCGUAAAAUACAAAGAAUAAUGGGAUACAUCCUGCGGUUUGUUGCGAACUGCAAAAAGAUUGCGUCUAAACGAGAACGAUCCCACUUGACGAUUCGUGAGCUGUAUCAAUCGUCAGAAGCUGUCAUCCGCAUAAUACAACUAACUCACUUAGGAGACGAAAUUGAACGAGUUAUUGCUAAUGAGCCCUGCAGAAGAGUCGGUAAUCUCCGGCCGAUGUACAGUAACGGUUUACUGCGAGUUGGUGGUCGCCUUAGUCAUUCCAAAUUGCCGUUCAACAAUCGACACCAAAUAAUUUUACCUGACAAAGACCCCAUAGUUCGACUGAUGAUUCAAGAAAUGCACAUCGAAUUGCUUCAUAUCGGACAGACUGGCCUGAUGAACGCAAUGCGUCAGCGAUAUUGGUUGUUGAAUGCCCGAUCUACUAUUCGACAAGUCACUCGAUGUUGUGUUAAAUGUUUCCGUACGAAUCCAUCUAAGACGACGCAGCUAAUGGGAAGUUUGCCGCCAGCAAGAGUUGUACCAUCGCCUCCAUUCGCAGUGACUGGAGUAGACUAUGCUGGUCCAUGUUGGAUCAAGCAUGGAACUCGCCGUCCGACAUUAACGAAGGCCUAUAUAGCAGUUUAUGUGUGCAUGGCUACUAAAGCCAUUCAUUUGGAAGCUGUCUCCGACCUAAGCACCGAUGCCUUUUUGGCAUCCCUUAAACGUUUUGUGAGUCGAAGAGGAUUGGUUCAACAACUACAUUCGGACAACGGGACCAAUUUUCGCGGUGCCCAGCAUGAAUUACAUGAGUUAUAUCGUCAAUUCCGGAAUCAACAAGCAGUUCAACGUAUUCAGCAGUACUGCCAGACUAAAGAAAUCGAAUGGCACUUCAUUCCACCAGAUGCCCCAGAGUUUGGAGGGUUAUGGGAAGCAGCAGUCAAAUCCGCUAAAACCCACUUGCAGCGUAUUGUUGGACCUGUGAAGCUAACCUACGAAGAAUUUGUAACAGUCCUGACUGAGAUUGAAGCAGUGUUGAACUCUCGCCCACUUUAUAGUAUUUCGAACGAUCCUGCCGAUCCGCUAGUUAUUACACCUGCUCAUUAUUUGAUUGGACGUCCUCUCAUCGCUCCAGCCGAACCAUCGCUUGAAGAUAUCAAGGCAAACCGCUUGGAUCGUUGGCAACAUCUUAGGCUAAUGCGCGAGCACUUCUGGCGUGCUUGGAACCAGGACUAUCUCAACACGCUGCACCCGCGGAAGAAAAAUUUACAGGUGAUGCCCAACGUUCGUGAAGGUAUGAUUGUUCUUCUACACAACCGGACCCAGCCCCCUCUCCACUGGAAAUUGGGUCGAAUCUCCGCAGUGUAUCCAGGAAGUGACGGUCUGAUCCGAGCAGUUGAUGUAUCCGUGGAUGGUUCGAUUUUCCGGAGACCUAUCAACAAAAUUUCAAUUCUGCCUAUCGAAGACAACCAUUCUAUUCGAAGUACAUCUCAUCCAAGCAGAUCGUAA